AUGGCAGCAUCCGUGGAUGGAAGAGAAGCGCAGGAGACGACGCCUCUGCUGAACAAUGGCAGUGAAAAUGGCAACAGCACCGGCCCCAAGACAACGGCCCCGGCCGAUGACGGCAAAUCAGCAGCCACUGCGGACCGGUGGCAGCACAUUGCGACACCCGAGAUGCGCCUGUUGAUGGCCGCGUUCCUCAUCACAACCGGCCUUUGUUUUACUCAGGUUCCCAUUCUCUACGCCUUUCGCAAAAUGGCCUGCGAAGAUUACUACGAGCACGCGGCACCAUAUAUCGGAACAGGAGAUCAGUGUAGCAGGCCCGAGAUUGACGCGUCCACUGCUAGACAGAUCAUGAUCCUGGGUAUGUCGACGAUCCUGUGCGGGAUCCUCAAUCUGAAUGUCACUGGCGCAUCAAUCAAGAACCGAGGACCACGCUUUGCCCUUCUCGUAAAUACCUUCUUCCCCGUCCUCCGCGUGACCAUGCAAGCGGUAGCUGUCGGCAUUGGUGGCCGCACUGGUAUCAUCCUGAUGCAGAGCAGUCAGCUCUUUGGUAUUGUAGGAGGUCCUGCUGGAUACCUACUCACGCUCAAUACAUCCAUCGCCGAGCUCGUAGAUCCCAACAAGCGUACAGCCUCUUUCGGCCGACUACAAGGAGCGGCCAUGUUUGGUACAGCUCUAGGUUUCUUGCUUGGCGGCAUUGUCGGUGAAGCCACCAUCAUUCGCCGGCCCUUUGAGAUCACUGCUGUACUGCUGUCUUUCUCGUUUGUUUAUUGUGCCGUCUUCGUUCCGUACAUCGACCCCAAGACAAUGGGUGGCGCAGACAGCAAAAAGGGCACAAAUGCCAAGAAUGCCUCUGUUUUCCGUGUUCUAGCCCCUCAGACACUGCGACUCCCCGAUGGUAGAACGACGAGAUACUAUGGACUGCCACUGCUUGCCGCGGGCACAUUUGUCGCUGUACUAGCAGUUGGUUAUGCUCCUCCGCUGACGCAGAUGUAUUCGAUUACAAAGCUGAACUUUACGCCAACCAUGAAUAGUGCUUUCAUGUUCAUGUCCUUUACUGUAAGAGGCGUCUACCUGAUGUUUAUCUUCCCAGAGAUCAUCAAAUGGGGCAGGAGAUGGUUUGCCACGUCCGAGGAAGCUGUGCAGUCGGGACCUGUCUUGGCAGAAACUCUACCCACGGAGCCGCGUGAUCUUGGGCCGAUUGAAGCAUUACCCGAGGCAGAGACGUUGGAGCCCGCAAACCCUCCCAAGCCAGUCGACGAAGACGCAGGCGCGGCGUUUGACUUGUUCUUCUUGCGGUGGAGUAUGCUUGGCGACGCAAUCGUCACUGGUUGUAUCGGAUUCUCCACUAUGCCAUGGCACUUGUUUCUCGCUGGAUUCUUGCUUCCCUUCUUCUCGGGGUCAGAUGCUGCUAGUAAAGGCGUACUUACCGACCUCGUUCCAGCCGCCCAGCGUUUAGACGCGCUCCAGGCCAUCACUUUUGUUGGAUACUUGGCAUCCCUUUCUACCGCUGGAGUCUUUGGCUCAAUGUACUCGGCAUUUGCCGAGAUUGACCAAGCUCAUCUUACCUUCUUCUGCAAUGCAGCGGUUGCAUUGCUCGCCAUUUUGAUUCUCACAUUCGUCCGUAUCCCACCGCAAGGAAGCACAAUAGAGACAUUGGAAGAUGAAGCCGAACCAGACGUUUCCACACAAGAACAAUAG